CCACUCCCAGGCCCAAUUUCAGGCCCAGCCCAGAUUCCAGGCCCACUGCCUGGUCCACUCCCAGGCCCAAUUUCAGGCCCAGUCCAGGUCCCAGGCCCACUCCUUGGCCCAAUCCCAGGCCCAAUUUCAGGCCCAGCUCAGGUCCCAGACCAAGCCCAGAUCCCAGGCCCAAUCUCAGGCCCAGGCCCGAUCACAGGCGAGAUUCCUGGCCUAGCCCAGAUCCCAGGCCCAGGCAGACUCGGAGGCCCAGGUCCCAUCUUAAGUCCUGGCCGGAUGCCAAGCUCAGGCUCACUUCCAGGCCCAGCCCCGAUUUUAGGCCCAGGCCCAGGCUCAGUCCCAGGCCCAGGCUCAGUCCCAGCCCCAAUCCCAGGUCCAGGAUCAUUCCUAGCCCCAGCCCCAGUCCCCUUAUGGCCUGAGAGCCCCGAUGCCUCCGACUUCUUGCCAGACACCCAGUUAUUCCCUCAAUUCACAGAGCUGCUCCCACCCCUAGACCCCUUGGAGGGAUCCUCAGUCUCCACCAUGACCUCUCAGUACCAAGAAAGGGAUGACUCUAUGGGCCAAAAAGACUCAGGGUCUCUGUACCAAGAGGAAGGUGGCUCUGUGAAUGAAAAUGACUCAGGCCCCAGGUCAUUACUGGAUUUAUAG